AGUUCGAACGAAGCGACUGCGACGAUGAAGCUCCUGGUAGCGACAAUCCUCGUCAUCGCGGCAUGGGGAACCCUUGCUGUUUCUUCUGAAGAUCAAACCAAGGACCAGUCCGAAAGCGGCAAAUGUGAAAGGCUCGUUCCAUUGCCACCGGGGCAGGAGUCAUAUAGGCUGACCUGCGUGUACAGGUGCAAGGACGAUCCUUCUCGCUUUGAAAAUGAACCCGACGGCAUUCCUUGUGGGCACGCCCCGGUUAUACGAGAAAUAGCUGUUUGCAAGAAUGGAACAUGCGUGUUGUCUCGUCCUGUCCCCUGCCCACCAGAUGAGACGGAAGGUACUACGACUUCGGCAUCUGUAACCACUCAACAGUCUAACUCGACGCAAACGCAGUAGUGCGAAAAUGAGCACACAUGGAUCGACGACGUCCGAACGUCAAUGAUUAACAGAGCUGCCUGGUCAAGAAUACGCAGGCCGACAAAGGGACCGAAUAAAUUCAAACGCCAUACUCUAGACUGCG